AUGCCAUUCGGGUUGAAAAACGCCCUGCUAAUAUACCAGCAGAUGAUCAAUAAUUGGCUGUGGGGAUUCGUGCGGCUAUCACCCGAAGAGGAAGCACUUGUGGAUCAGGAUGUGCUGGACUACCUGAAGUUUGGCCCUCAGUCGCCAAGUGAUGAAAUGGAUGUGGAACGCAGUACGACACCGCUAGUGGGGCAAAUGACGGUUUUCAGGCGCAAUAUCCCCGCACCAUCCCAAAUGGGGCCCGUGUUCGGACGCAGUUCGUAUAUCGGUAACAUCGCGCAUGGGGCGGCCACGUGGGAUCAACUAUGCGGUGAUCUAGAUGCGUUGCUCUAUCAGCUACAAUACUGGAGUAUCUCCGUUAGCUUGCUCAAGAGUGAAUUCGGGAAGCGUGGCAUACCGUACCUCUCUCGCGAGAUUGGUGCGGAAGGGAUACGUGCUACCCCGAAAAUCGUAAAAGGCAUUCAGGAGCUACCAUUCCCGGCCACCCUGAAAGGAGUCCAGUCAUUCCUAGGCAGCCUGAAUUACUACAACAAAUUUAUCGAAGAUUAUGCCGUGGUAGCGGAGUCACUCUAUGAGUUGACCGAUGAUCAGGUGCGCGCAGGACGAGACUUGUCUCGAGCGAAGGAAGCUUUUGAGAUUCUGAAAAGGAAGAUUGUGUCUACUCCUUUGUUCAGACACUCGGAUCGAACAAAACCAUUCGUGAUUAUCCCUCAUGCGAAUCAGUGGGCUGCCUGUGCAGUUCUCGGACAGAUACAUGACGGACUUGUUCAACCUGUUCAAUUUACGGGGCGCGUCCUGAACGGCGCCGAGCUCAAGUAUCAUAUUGCUAAGAAGGAAGUUCUGGCUGUGAUGCGGUUAUCCAUUAUGACCUGGAAAUUCGGAAGGUUUGUCAAGACGAGGAUGGGAUUAGCCGCCAUUAUGGGUGCAGACAUUACUCCCAGGGAGCACUUGGACGAAGUUGCCGAAGUACUCAUUCCAGCCAAGGGGUGCGUGAAACCGCCUCCAGUCGUGAGUGUCGAAACGCUCUCAGAAGAGUACUCCGGUGGAGUCCUGAGUUUCGAUGGUGCGGCCAAAACCUCCACGAGGGAGGGCGGCUGUGGAUGCAUUCUGUGGCAGCUACCCGAAUGGAAGGUUUUGGAUGCUCGAGGAUACAUCCUGGAUGGAGUUACCGUCAACGACGCAGAGUACUUUGGACUGCUCGGGCUUGCAAUGGUUUUGGAAAGAGGGAUUCAGGACAUAGUCGUUGUGGGUGAUUCAAGAAUUGUGAUUCAACAAGUCCAAGCCCUGAUUAGUUGUAACCAGCCUAAUUUCCAAAGGAGGCUAGCUGAAUGUGAAACGCUGAAGAAGCGUUUCCGGACGGUCUGA